AAGAGAGAAAAAAGGAAUCAAUCACACACGGUUGGGAAAGCAGCCAAGACAAGAGAAACGCUAAGCGAGAUCGGUUUUCAAUCUCUCCUUUGUUAAUCAAAUGGCUGCGGCGGAGGAGAUGGUCGGUUUUCCGCAGGCGUAUCUGGAGAGUAGAGAGGUGAAGGAGACUAGCUCGCUAGUAACCGAGCUGUGCCGUCACUUUUACACACAAGGUUGGGUGUCUGGAACAGGAGGUAGCAUCACCAUCAAGGUUCACGACGCUUCUAUCCCUAAACCAGACCAGCUCAUCGUCAUGUCUCCUUCAGGUGUUCAAAAGGAGAGGAUGCAACCUGAGGAUAUGUACAUCUUGUCUCCUAAUGGAUCCGUUAUAUCUGCACCUUCUCCUAAGCCUUACCCUAAUAAGCUCCCCAAGUGUACUGAUUGUGCACCUCUUUUCAUGAAGGCAUAUGAGAUGCGAAAUGCUGGAGCUGUUAUUCAUAGCCAUGGCAUGGAAUCUUGUCUUGUGACAAUGCUUAAUCCACAAGCCAAAGAAUUUCGUAUAACUCACAUGGAGAUGAUAAAAGGAAUUCAAGGUCACGGAUACUAUGAUGAACUUGUUGUCCCAAUCAUAGAGAACACAGCUUAUGAGAAUGAACUCACAGAUUCACUCACCAAAGCUAUAAUAGCCUAUCCAAAAGCCACAGCAGUGUUGGUACGCAAUCAUGGAGUUUACAUUUGGGGUGAUUCCUGGAUCCAUGCUAAGACUCAGGCUGAAUGUUACCAUUAUUUGUUUGAUGCUGCCAUCAAGCUUCAUCAACUGGGUCUGGAUGCUGCUAGUCCAGAACACGGGCCUAUCCAAAGAGCCAUACACUCACAAAACCAAACAGAAUCAACUCGGAGAUGCAUUGUCCUAGACAUUGAAGGGACAACAACACCCAUAACAUUCGUCACAGAUGUUCUCUUUCCCUAUGCUCGUGAAAACGUUGGGAAGCAUUUGAAUUUGACGUACGACACAGCAGAAACUCAAGAGGAUAUCAAGUUGUUGCGGUCUCAGGUUGAAGAAGACUUGAGACAAGGUGUAACCGGCGCUGUUCCUGUACCUCAUGCUGAUGAAGGAAAAGACGAGGUUAUUGCAGCUAUGGUCUCUAAUGUAGAGGCAAUGAUAAAAGCCGAUAGAAAGAUCACUGCGUUAAAGGAAUUACAAGGUCACAUAUGGCGAACAGGUUUCCAAUGUAACGAACUGAAGUCUGUCGUUUUCGAAGAUGUAACAGACGCUUUAGAGAAAUGGCAUUCUUCAGGAACUAAGGUUUACAUAUAUUCAAGUGGUAGUAGAUUAGCGCAAAGGCUUCUCUUUGGGAACACAACCUAUGGAGAUCUGAGGAAGUAUUUAUCUGGCUUUUUCGACACUACAAUCGGAAACAAGAAAGAGAGCAAGAGUUACAAGGAGAUUACAGAAACAUUGGGAGUGGAUGAUCCUUCAGAGAUCCUUUUUGUAACGGAUGUUUACCAAGAAGCUACAGCUGCAAAAGCCGCAGGUCUGGAGGCGAUUAUAUCGAUUCGACCUGGAAACGCUUCCCUACCAGAGAAUCACGGGUUCAAGACUGUCACAUCAUUCUCACAAAUCUAGAGAUUUCUCUAUUGUGUGUUUCCUAUGGUGUUGUACUUGAUAUGAUCACGGUUACCAAAUAAAUGGUCUUGAUAAUAAAUCUAUAUGUAGAGCGUGACAAACUUCAACUCUGAUUUAUCGUGAGAUCAGUAAAGUUUGGUUCAUGCAUUUGAGUUA